GCCACCUGUCAGAGGGCUGUGGGCGGGGGCCAGGGCCCGCGAGGGCUGCGGACCCGAGGGUGAGCGCCGAUGAGCGCACGCUCAGAGCAGACAGCCUGCAGGAGGUGAUGGUCAAAGACUCUGGGAGCUGACGGCCAGUGGGAGCAAAAGGUAGUCACGGAGGUGAGGCAGAGCUGCAGGAGGUGGAGGAUUCUGGAGGUGACAGCAAGGGGAGUACGCAACUGCGAGGGGCGCCUGAAGCUUCUGCGCGGACACCAGAAGGGUGGGAGAGAGAAAAGGAAGGCAGAGCGGUGGCCCUGCGGGAGGGCCCCGCCGGGGCGGGGGGUGCCAUGUCUCGCGAACGGCCCCCUCGCACCGACAUCCCCCGCAACCUGAGCUUCAUCGCCGCGCUGACAGAGCGCGCCUACUACCGCAGCCAGCGGCCCAGCCUCGAGGAGGAGCCGGAGGAGGAGCCAGGCGAAGGCGGGACGCGCCUCGGGGCCCGAUCCCGAGCUCCUGCUACGAGUCGGGGGCGCCGGGCUCGCUCUGCGCCUGCCGGCGGCGGCGGUACCCGGGCGCCCCGCAGCCGCAGCCCAGACACCCGUAAAAGAGUGCGUUUCGCCGACGCGCUCGGCCUGGAGCUGGCCGCCGUGCGGCGCUUCCGCCCGGGAGAGCUGCCCCGGGUACCCCGCCACGUGCAGCUCCAGCUGCAGAGGGACGCUCUCCGCCACUUCGCGCCUUGCCAGCCCCGCGCCCGAGGCCUCCAGAAGGAGGCGCGCGCCGCCCUGGAGCCGGCCAGCGAGCCCGGCUUCGUCGCCCGCUUGCAGGCGCAGCGUAUCUGCCUGGAGCGCGCCGAGGCGGGCCCGCUGGGCGUGGCCGGGAGCGCGCGCGUGCUGGACCUGGCCUACGAGAAGCGCGUGAGCGUGCGCUGGAGCGCCGACGGCUGGCGGAGCCAACGCGAGGCGCCCGCCGCCUACGCCGGCCCGGCCCCGCCCCCGCCGCGCGCCGACCGCUUCGCCUUCCGCCUGCCAGCACCACCGAUUGGCGGCGCCCUGCUUUUCGCCUUGCGCUACCGCGUUACUGGCCACGAGUUCUGGGACAACAACGGCGGUCGUGACUAUGCUCUGCGUGGGCCCGAGCACCCCGGCAGUGGUGCAGCCCCGGAGCCCCAGGGCUGGAUCCACUUUAUCUGAGACGCCUGAGGCCAACGGCGGAAAAAGUCAGAGGCACCGGGGGAUGGGGGGGUGCUGGGGGAGCCCGCAGAUUUGAUGGGGAAGAAUGGGAGAAACCGAGAUUGGCGGGGCGCUGCCCUAGAGUCAAGUCCGGGAGGGAGAGGAUGGGAGAAGCCAAAGGGGUGUGGGGAGUGGGUGGGAUCAACGAAAGGUGGAGGAGAUUGGGGUGGGAUGUCAGUGGAGGAACCCAAGUCAUAGAAGAAGGGAGACGGAAAGGGUGCUGGAAAAUUAGAAAGGAAGCAAAAGGACGAUGGUGACGUUCUCUUCCGUGAGUGGGCACUGGGAGAAAGUGACUAGGUUCGUCAGGCCUAGGCAGUCGAAGGUUGAGGGUAUCUCUCUGGGAUUGAGGACGUAUUUUCUUUGAACUAGGAGCCCACCGCAGUUGAAAUCAUUUAGAUUGCUGGCUCAUUCCGUCUUCUUACUGGCCUUUGCCACCGCAGGUCCCCCAGCCCUGCCCGUGCUAGCUUUGACUCAGCCAUAAUUGCCUUGCUUAAGUCCCAGGAACUUGGUCAUUGCUCCCCAGCCCUUGGCAUUAUGACAGGAUUCCCUUGUCACCCCUUCCAGCCCCUAGCUUCAGUCUUCACUGACUGGCUGGGGGGUGAUGGCAGGUAGCAUCAGAGCUCCUUCCUCCAGCCUCCAGGCAGUCCUGGGGAUGAAAAUGAAAACAAAACCAACUCCAGGCCUGUCCUUGUAGCCAAAUAAUGUGGUGCCUAAGGGGUUGGGGCACUCGGGCUUCCAGAAAAAUGCCAGCCUUACCUUUCUGGCUGCCUUCUAAUGACCUCUAAGCACUUUAUGGACUGUACCUGUCAAGGGACAGGUGAAUCACAGGAUUCUUUCUGCCACAGAAGAAAAGGAAGUCACUGAAUAGCUGGAUAACCUUGGGCAAGUUACCUCACUUCUCUGGGCCCCAGUUUCCUCCUUGAGAAACUGCAUUUGGAUUAGGUGAUCUCUUAAGCCCCUUCUUGCACUGACAUUUUACAAUCUGAGGGGCAGAGUAUGGAUCCGAAGCCACAUUCUCCAGUUGGAGUGCUUACAGUUCAGAACACACAGCACCCCAAGCAUCUGGUUGGGCCUGAGAAUGGUCCUCCAGUUUUUGACACAUGUUCCAGAGCCCAGGAAGCAUCCCAUAACCAGCCUGCAGCCUCAGGGUAUUCCAGGGCCUCUUUCAAACCACAGCUCAUCCUCUGCCCCUUGCUUUUGCUCUUGCCCCAACAGACUUCCAGCCUAGGUGCUAUGAGACAGCUUUGGGGAGGUGCCUCUCUCUGGGAAAAUGAUGCUUGGGAGCCCCAGAGGUGAAAGGAAGCAAUGCUUGGGGGCUUUCUUGAGGAUAAAGGAUUAUGGGUAUAAGAAAUGGAAAACAUUUCAAAUCAAGAAUCAGAGCAACUUGAAAAUUAAAUGGUACCAGGAGAUGGCAGUCUGCCUCAUACCCUGAGCAAGUGAAAUGGGAAAGCUAGACUCUUCUACCCAGUCAUAUUUAUGCCUUAUGUCUCUCCUGGUUAACCUCUGCUGGUUGUUUGUUUUUCCUCUCCUCUCACCCUAUUUCUAAGCUUUUCGCUUUUCACUUUCUUUGUCCCCUUCUCAUCACUUUCAUUUUUCUUUUAGCAUAUAGGGUGUUUACCUUCAUUUUCUCUAUUUCCAUCUGCUUCCCUCUUCAUCCCUGUUAAUCUCUGCUAUUCCUUCUCCCUCCAGAAGGAGUGGAGAACCUACUUUUCUCCAAGACCAUGGUUGAUCCACCUUCCUCCCUCAGGCUCCUUCUUGACAGUCUUCUAGAAGGGAGAAGAGGGAAAAGAAGUGUAGUUCCUGAUGCUGCAGUUGGACAAGGAGCUCCCAGGUAACUAGCUUCCCACACCCACUUUGUUUCUAUCUGUUACUGAUUUCUCACAAUUUUCUGGAUUCCCCUUUUAUCCCUUAGUGAGAGAGGGUACACGCACAUGUGCCCAUAUAGGCAUUCACAAUAGAGUAUGGGGCUGUUACCACGCCCCUUCUCUCCAGAGCUUUAAUCCUUUGAAGAAAAAUGGCCGAAGGAGAGAAACCCCGAGUCACUUCUCAAACAAAUGCCCAUUUAAACGUCACCCUGAUCUGGUGAAGGAAACAAAGAAUUUCAUGCAUCUUGUGGAUCACCUUCAGGUUAGAGUUCCAGCAGAGUGAAGAGAGAAAGUGUACUGGAAGCCACCAAGCAAUGCACUUUUUAGUCACCAGCGAAGAGCCCGAGGGAGGAUAAUGGAGUGGGAGACUGGGUCAGGCUUUGUGUGUAAUAAUCUCUUGCUUAAUGUGUAUGCAUUACUGUCAUGUGUGUUAGCAGUCGCCAGUGCUCACAUUUACUUACGUAUCCACUAAAAUCUGGUGUCUUCAUAUGCAUUAUAAUCCUCAAAACAACCCUGUGAGUUGAGUAAUGUUAUUCCUGAUUUAGAGAGAAAACAGUUCAGAAAAGCUCAGUAAUUUGUUCAAGAUCACACAGCUAGUACAUGGCAGAGCUAGGAUUCUGAACCCAGGAAAUCUCCAGAGCCUCGGUACAUAACCAUGAUGUCAUAUUUUCCUUUCAAAACAAAAUUAAAACCUUGUCAUUAAAAAAAGCCAAAGCGAAAAACCCUUGCCACAUAACAUCUCUUGUUAGGAAAAAAAACCACAGUUUCUAAUUGUGCUCUGCCUUCCCAGUCUCCCAGCCUCCCCAGCUGGCUUGGAGAAGGCAAAGCACUGAGGGUCCCAAGCUUCAUCUGCUCCUUCCAGGAGCUUGCUGCUGCCUCCUGUGCCAGUGUCCCAGCUCUGCAGGAUCAGCAAGGGACCACUGCACCUGCCUGCUGGAGAACUUGGGAACCCAUUUGAACUCUAGCCUUUCCAUACACUGGGAUUGUCUCUUGGCCCUCGCUAGUCCUCCGCACCUGCUGGUGUGCUGCGCCCCUUCCUGCUACCCCCACUAGCCUUGAACAGGCCAGUUCCCUAAAGUUUCCACUAGAAGGGUCCCUGACCAAGACAGUUGCUGGAUGGUCUGUGCUUGGGCCCUCUCUGGGAGUCUGAGUAUUACUAAGCACAUAAAUGCAAACAGAUUGGGGGGAAGGGAAUCAAGAAGAAUUCCUUGUUCCUGAGCUUUUUCUCUAAGAAGUACCAUGGCUCACCCAUGCCCCUAUUCUCAGCUUUAUAGAGUGAAGACAUGGGGCUUCUGUUUCUUCCCAUAUAGAGCUGCCCCAGGGCCUGGGGGUAAGCUGCCAGUCUAAUCUGACAUGGGAAAUGCUAGGAAUUUGGCUGAGUCUUUAGAGAUGUGUUAUGUGUUAGGCACUGUGGUGGGGACUUUCCUCUAAAGCCUGAUGACUGUACGAAUGGGAGCAAUUUAGGGUAUAACCUGUCAGCCAUGGACUGGGAAGUGCCAUAAGAGAAACCAUUACCAUGGUCAGGGGCUUGGGUCCUUGAAGCAACACAGCAGGAACACUCUUGCCCUCUCCUCUCAUCCAGACCUCAGAUGUCUUCCUACAUAUUCUUCCUGUUCCUUUGUUUUCCUUUAUGACUGCAGCUCGUCAUUUCUGUUUAUAAUAAGCCCUAACUCAACCUUCCAGUCUAAUCCCACGUUCCCUCGCUGCUAACGCCUCUGUUUCUCUGGAGCACCUCUGGAUCCUUGCAAUCCACAGGUUGUAGAAUCCAGAGACCUGAAAAGGCUUGUCUUUAGAGAUCAUUGGGUCCAGACUCCUCUAGAGGUGAGGACACAGGUCCAGAGAUGAGAAGGGACCCCAGCAGGGUCAGAGAACUGGUUAGUGCAACUCCAGAUGGGACCUAAACUCAGGCCUCCUGAUCACCUCCCAUUGCCAGGGUAUGAAACAGGCCUCUCUCCACAGGGUCAGAUCCACGAUUUUUCAUGGCAAGGGACACAUCAGAAAUGUUUCAUUUUCUGCUUCUAGUUUCCGUUCCCUUCCUCAUCCAGGCAGGAAGAGAGAUAAAAGGGACUGGUAUGUCCCCGGCCUUGGCACUUUCAGUGAUACUGCUAAAGAACAGUGAAGUUGCUAAAACAAACAAACACAACACAACUGAAUAAUCUACCCAAUGAAUAGUUAACCUAGAGAGGGAAAUGAAUGUUUGCUAUGUGAAUCCUCCAAAUCACUGUUAUCAGACCCUGCCCGAGCCUCCCCACCCCCUUCCCAGUGCAGCUCUGUACACUGGGCCCCAGACCCACUCGUACCUCACUUCAACUUCUUCAUGCAACUGCCCUCCCUUCUGGAUAAAAGACCUCAUAUUUGAAAUAAAGU